AUGAAGUCUGUUACUGUCAUGGGAGUAUUCGCGGCCGUCGCCGCCGCAUACUCGCACCACCAGCCGAGGCACCCGCACCUCGACUUCCGCAACUUCAAACGCCAGAACACCACUGCCCCCACCAGUAUCGCCGGUGAGGGUCGCAAGGGCGCUGCUCCCAAGGUCCCCGCGACCCCGGUCGCCAGCUCGGCCGCCAGCUCCGCUGCUGCUUCUGGCACUGGCGGUGUUCAGUUGACCACCCUCACUGUCAAGGAGACCGCCGUCCGCACCAUCAUCUCGUGCGCACCCACUGUUACCAACUGCCCUGCUGCCAACCAGACUGCUGCCAUCUCGGCCCUGCCGCCUGGCGCUGUAUCGACCGUUGUUGUGACCGACUCUGUCAUCUCCACCACUGUCGUCUGCCCCGUGACCGAGGCCAGCCAGGUUUCCAAGAGCGUUGCCGAGAAGAUGAAGGAGAGCGCCACUUCUGCCGCCGUCGCCACCUCGGCCGCCGCCCAGCCUAACGGCAAGGGCAAGGGCAAAGGUAAGCCUUCAUCUGCCGCUCCCGCUGCCACUCCUGCUGCCGGCAAGAACGGCACUGCCCCUGUCGCCACUCCUGCUGUGGGCAAGAACGGUACCGCGCCCGCUACUAGCGCCGCUGCCUCCGCUCGCCAGUCGUCGGCCGCUCUCCCCGUUUCCGCCUCCGCCUCGGGCAACGCUACCCGUCCCUUUGCCAACUCGACAGCGCCCGCUGCCACUGCCCCUGGCGCUCAGUUGACCACGCUCACCGUUAGGCAGACUUCGGUCCGCACCGUGAUCUCGUGCGCGCCUACCAUCACCAACUGCCCAGCUGCCGGCGAGACCGCCGCCAUUUCGGCCCUGCCUCCGGGUGCCGUGUCGACCGCCCUCGUCACUGAGGUCGUUACUAUCGGCACCACCAUCUGCCCCGUGUCUGAGGUUUCCAAGGCUUCUACUUCCCUGGUUGCUGAGGCGUCCAAGGCCAAGGCCACCAGUGCUGCUCAGACCACUCCUGCCGGCGCCCAGAUCACCACCAUCACCACUGAGCAUGUCGUCACCGUCACUUCAAUGCGUGUUGUCACCAUCACCCAGUCUGGUGGUCAGGGUGGAGCCGGUGGCAACGUUGUCGUCACCACUAUCCCUGAGGUUAUCACGAGCGCUUCCAAGGAAGUCCUGACCUCAGCCGUUCUUCCCGUCGCCGGUACCCCCAACAAGGGCGGAAACGGCGGUGGCGACAAGGGUGGUAACAAGGGAGGCAACCAGGGCGGUGAGAUGACCACCACCAUGACCAACACCAUGUUCGGCACCCGCACCGUUGUUGUUCAGAAGCCCAAGCAGACUGCUCCCGCUGCUGGUGGAUCUUCCAACGGCGGCUCUGGCUCCAACAACGGAGGUUCUUCCAGUGGAGGCUCUGGCUCCAACAACGGUGGCUCUUCCAGCGGCGGCAACCCUGGCUCCGGCAUGGGUGGUGGAAGCCAAUGCGACUGCGUCCCCGUCACCGUCACCGCUGCCGCUGUCACCGUCACCGUGACUGCUCCGGCCGCUGCCGCUACGCCUGCCAACAACGCUGGCCAGGGCUCAAACAAGGGCUCCAGCUCGCCUGCCCCGGUCAACAACGCCGGUCAGGGCUCGAACAAGGGAGGCGCCACGCCUUCUCCGGCUGCUUCGGGCGAGGACGAGUCGUGCGAUGCCGACGACUUUGAUGACGACGAGGAGGAGGAGGACAAGCCUGCCGCCAACAAGCCUGCCGCCACCACCACCUCGCCGUCGGUUGCCAGCACUGGUGUCCUGCCCAAGGCCACGGGCGCCGCCAAGAACGGCACCUUCACCGCCAAGAGCCCAAAGAAGGUCAAGUCGCCUUCUCAGAACUUCCCCAGGCUCUUCUAA